CCCCCGUCGGCCCCCUCCCAAAUCUACACCCGGAGCCGAAAUCCCCAAUUCCCCUCUCUCUCCCCCAUCGCCUCCCUCCCGCACCCGAGCGCUAGCGAAUCCGACGAGCGGCGCGAGGAGGCGGAGAUGGAGUCGGACCAGGGCAAGCUCUUCAUCGGCGGCAUCUCGUGGGAGACGACGGAGGAGAAGCUGCAGGAGCACUUCUCUACCUUCGGCGAGGUCUCGCAGGCCGCCGUCAUGCGCGACAAGCUCACCGGCCGCCCCCGGGGCUUCGGUUUCGUAGUUUACACCGACCCCGCCUCCGUCGACGCCGCACUCCUAGAGCCCCACACCCUCGACGGCCGCACGGUCGAUGUGAAGCGUGCGCUCUCCCGUGAGGAGCAGCAGGCUUCCAAGGCGGUGAACCCUAGCGCGGGAAGGAACGCUGGGGGCGGAGGAGGUGGUGGUGGUGGCGGUGACGCCGGUGGUGCUAGGACGAAGAAGAUCUUCGUGGGUGGACUGCCCUCCACUCUGACAGAUGAAGAGUUCCGCCAGUACUUCCAGACCUUUGGCUCUGUCACUGAUGUUGUGGUGAUGUAUGACCAGACCACACAGCGUCCCCGGGGGUUUGGCUUCAUCACCUUCGACUCGGAGGAUGCCGUUGACCGUGUGCUGCACAAGACCUUCCAUGAUCUCGGUGGAAAGAUGGUAGAGGUGAAGCGCGCGCUGCCACGAGAGGCAAACCCUGGCUCUGGCGGCGGCGGGCGCUCCAUGGGAGGUGGGGGCUUUCAUAGUAACAGUGGUCCUAACUCCAACGCUAGCAGCUAUGAUGGCAGAGGUGAUGCUAGCAGGUAUGCUCAGGCGCAGCAGGGCAGUGGUGGCUAUCCGGGCUAUGGUGCUGGAGGUUAUGGUGCUGCUCCAACUGGAUAUGGAUACGGACCUGCCAAUCCUGGAACCACAUAUGGAAACUAUGGGUCUGCAGGAUAUGGAGGCGUUCCUUCUGCGUAUGCUGGUGCUUAUGGCAAUCCAAGUUCUGCUGCUUCUGCUUACCAGGGAGGCCCCCCAGGGACUAACAGAGGACCCUGGGGCAGUCAAGCUCCGUCUGGUUAUGGCACUGGGGGCUAUGCUGGCAAUGCAGGGUAUGGCGCUUGGAAUACUUCUUCUGCUGGUGGAAAUGCACCCACUAGUCAGGCACCUGGUGCAGCUGCAGGUUAUGGAAACCAGGGAUAUGGUUAUGGUGGAUACGGAGGGGAUGCAUCAUAUGGUAAUCAUGGAGGAUAUGGUGCUUAUGGGGCACGUGGAGAUGGUGCUGGCAAUCCUGCUGCUGCUGCAGCAUCUGGGUAUGGUGCUGGAUAUGGAAGUGCGAAUGGCAACUCUGGAUAUCCAAAUGCGUGGGCUGAUCCUUCACAGGGCGGAGGAUUUGGUGCUUCAGUCAAUGGAGCUUCUGAAGGCCAAUCAAAUUAUGGCAGCGGUUAUGGUGGUAUGCAGCCUAGGGUUGCUCAGUAAGAGGGAGGCCAUUAUAAUGUCUAUCAAGUGAACCAGCGCAUUUGGGCUUUGCUCUCGUCCUCCUGAAGAUCGUCCAUUCUGCUGGUUGCAUCAGCAUUUCUCCUGGUUGGAAUGCUUGAUCCUCUCGUGGCUUACUACUAGAACUUCUAGUCAAUAAGUAGCUAUUAUGUCGAGUAGCUGUAUCUUUAUAAUGCUUUAUUUAAGUUUAGCUUAUCCUUCGGUGUGCUUUGUCAUGAGUGGAGUUUCAGGUUGCUUAAUCUCUAGUUUAAAGCUAGAGUAGCUUCACUGCGUAUGGACCAAAUUAUCUAGUUGUAUCUCUGUUCGGCAGAAUCAUAUAUUUGUGUUUGACUGUAGUAUUUAUGCUUGGUACUCUCUCUAUCUAUCUAUCUAAAUCAGAAAUUUUAUCCUUGGUGGUUGUGUUGAUA